AUGUCUCCGAGUGCGGCGAGGGGAGAGCUGCGGGAGACGCGGUUCCGAGGUGUGAGGAAGCGGCGAUGGGGGCGGUUCGCGGCGGAGAUCCGCGACCCUGCCAAGAGGAGCCGCGUGUGGCUCGGCACAUUCGACACCGCCGAGGAGGCGGCGCGCGCCUACGACGCCGCCGCCCUCCGGUUCCGCGGCACCAAGGCCAAGACCAACUUCGCCUACCCCGGCCCUCUCUACGCCCCUGUCGUCGCCGGAUCCGUCCCCUCCAGCCCCAGCAACAGCAACGCCGAGUCCUCCACCCCCUCCCCGAAGGCCGGUGCCGUCACCGCUCUCCUGCCGCUCGAUCUCGAGCUCGGCCACGCGUCCGCCAGGUUCUCCUUCCCUCACCGUCCGGCCUCCUCCGCGCGGGAGGCGACGGUGAGCCACCACUGUCUCGCGUUGGGCCGAGCAACGGCCUUGACCGGGAUGAGUGUCUGUGACCGUUUACAGAGUGCGUCGGAUUCGGUCUCGCCGGCGGAGCCGACUAUGAGGCUUCCCUUCGACGUCGAUCUCAACCUGUCUCCUCCAUCCGAGGUGGUCUGA